UUUCUGUGCAGCCUAUUGCUAGCUGCAUAAGCCCGAACAAGUUGCUUCAGAGCUGCGGAAUCGACUUCCUUGUUUGGCAUCGGCCAGUUUUAAGGCUUAACAUGAUAUCCCAUCAGUUGUAGUGCUACAUCAAGCCUGUAACAAUGGCUUGCUUUUGUGGAAGUUCUGCCCCGAACCAAGUAGUCCCAGACCCCAUCCCCGACUUCGACGACACUCGCUUGUAUCUGGGCCAGCAUGGAUACACGCGACGCAUUCGAAACAAGAAGGGUCUAGACCUGUAUGCUUACUUCUGGCCUUGCGACCCCAGCGUGCCCCUCAAGGGCGUCGUCCAGCUCGCGCACGGCAACGCGACCUACAUAUGCUUUGACUACUUGAAGUUUGUGGCUCAGGGCCAGCCCAAUGUCUACGCUGGGUCAUGGGUUGAGGCCAUGAACAAGGCGGGCUUUGCGGUGGCCGGCAUUGACCACCAGGGCUUCGGCCGCUCCAAGGGCGUGCGCUCCUACAUCGAUCGCUUCCAGGACCACGUGGAUAAUCUCAUGCUCCUCUCCGACCACCUGGCCUCCAACGAGCGCGCCUCCUUCCCCGUGCACCGCCUGCCCCACUACCUGGUCGGCCACAGCAUGGGCGGACUGGCGGCCACGCUGGCGUGCGUGCAGCGGCCGGGUCGCUACGCUGGCCUGGUGCUCAUCGCGCCCAUGUUGUCAUUGGCGCACCGGCUCAGGGAGACCGGCAACCUGCGCUACGCCCUCAAGCUGCUGGCCGCGAUGGCGCCCAAGCUGGAGGUGGGCGACAGCAGCACGGUACGGCAUGUGCCGUGGAUCUAUGACGCAUGGGACGCGGAUCCGUACGUGUACGACGGCCGCAUGCGGGCACGCAACGUCGAGGAGUUCUUCAAAGCCACGGAGCAGCUCAACUGGGCGCCGGGGCUGGGCGCGGAGCAGGAGGGGGAGGAGGGAAACGGUGGCGCCGAGGAUGGCGCGGAGGGGGCCGGCGGCAAGGGCAAGGAGGGUGCUGAGGGCGAGGGCGGCCAGGACAAGAAGCGGAAAAAGGGCCGCCGGCGCACGGCGAAGGUGGCGCCGGGCCCGGACGGAUCACCGCCUGACAUGGGCAUGAUGACGCGUGUGGCGCUGCCGCUGCUGGUCUUCCAGAGCGAGCGGGACACACACGUGGAGCCGGAUGGGGCCCGGAGGCUCAUUGCUCGCGCAUCGACACACGACAAGACGCUGCGCAUGCUGACGAAGCAGUGGCACGUGCUGAGCAAGGAGGAGGGCUGGGAGGACCUAUGCAUGGAGACGGUAGAGUGGCUGGCGGCGAGGGCGGAUGGCAGGGGCCCAACGGCAGAGGCGAUGGGGGGGUCAGGCGGCUACUCUACGGGGCAGCAGCAGCCGCCGAGCAACCACAUGCCCCAACAGCACCACCAGCAAAGCACGCCGGAGCCGGCGCAAGUGGUGGCGGCGGCGGCGUAUCCAGGACCGCCGGAGCCGCACCCGCAUUCGGAGCCAUUGAGCAGCUACCACCAGCCGGAGCCGAGUGCGACGUCGACGAGCGGGCCAGCGGCAAGGCAGCAGGGCUCAUACACGGCGAAUGGGGGUGACGCGGCGGCUGCAGGCCCUAUGGGCGAGACUCUGGCCGGCCAUGGCCACCCACGCUUCCCACACGAGCAGCAUGAAGCUGACGGCGGUGUGCCGGGGGUCGGCUCGGGCUCGGUCGCGGCCGCUCAUGCCAGCAGGGACGCCGGCGCGUUUGAGGAGGGGAGCUCCACCCGCCCAAGUGGCCUGCCACCUCUGCCGGGCAGCGGCACCGGUGAUGGCAGCGGCGGGGGCGCAGUGCCGCUGCCCCCCAUGCCGGGUGGUGGCCACAGGAGCAUCGGCGGCCUGGCACCACUGGCGCCCAUCCAGCAGCGCCGCAGCCUGGGGCAGCCGCCCCCGGAGCUGGAGUCGGCGCCGGGUGGUGCGGCGGGUGUGUACAUGGGGGCAGCGGCGGCAGGCAGUGCCGCUGGCGGCCUGCCGCCGCUUCGACCUAUGACCGCACGCAGCCGCCUGCCGCCCAUCUAAGCGCUCUUUCGAUUUCUAUGAUAAUCAUUCUUGUCAGUGAACAUUGGAAAUGGUCGAACACGCAAUUGUACGGCGGCGAGCACACGAGCAGUAGGUGUCCUUGGCACUGUCAACUGCUGUAGCAGGCUCAUUGUGCGUGACACGGGGGCAUGUUUCCGGUGGUCUGUGUGGACUAAUUUCAAUACUGCAAUGCAGUGAUGAUAGUGGCUUGCAGGAGUUGUGGACCUCGCAUCGAGAACUUUUGCCAUUGUGAAGUGUGCUGCACGAACGUGGACGUGUUGCUUUCACCCUCCAGGCUGUACCAGGGAAGCAUCCGGCGGCAGCAAAUGUUUAGUGACUGAUAUCAUUCAUUUGCAGGUGUCCUAAUACGGUAUAUGUCUCCUUAGGCAGAUUGAAGAUCAUGGUGCCGCUUGAUCACAAGCGUGGAAUGUGUCUCGGCUGGCGUGUUUGUGUUGUUGACAAGGCAGGUAGUCAGAUAGCUGCGUGCGUGCUGGCACGGUCUUGCUGAUCCAUCCUGGGCAGCCAAGACGGCACAGCUGUGAGCGUGUAACUUACUGUUGCGGACAGUGCGGCCGUGUCUGGCGGCUUGGCGCCCCGGGGCGAUCCUUGAUCGCGGAUUCGCGGGGAUCAGCAGGGCAGGGGCCGAGGGGGGCGAUGCUUGAUGCCUGCAGUUGUAUUGACGUCUUACUGUAUGAC